GAUGAAAUAAUUUAAAACUGAGGCCAACCUCACACUUAAUCUACGUUGUCCUAUUCUAUUUAUUGUUAAACGAACGGUUCUAAGCUGCACACAAACAGUAGAGCGGACUGUUGGAUAAUCUGCUGGGAAUAUACGUCAUGCCGGCUGAGAAAAUUACUCAUUGUGGAAGUGACCGCAAAAUUGAAGAGCACAGUUUGCAAGCAGGUAUGGAACAUACAGAUGCAGUUAACAAAGACAACAGUACUACUAUGACUUUCCAUUCAAAUACUGAUGUCAAUCCUGGGAAUUAUGUUACUGAUUUUGAUAAUAGAGUUGAAUGUUCAUUUUGCUGUGGGGAAAAUGCAGAGUCCGAAUCUGGUCAGCGGUCUUGUCAACAUUGGACUCAGGUGCGUCCAUCUAACACAAGGCAAGCACAAAAAAAGAAACUCAGAGGACUUCAAAACGGCCAUCAUGAUCCUUCUCGUUAUACCAAUAGUCGAAAUACAAAAGAAAAUACAGACAUACAACGUCCCAUCAUUAACGGUAAUUCAAUUGAUGGACAAAGUAUGCGUAAUCCAAGUGAUACUAAUACUUCAAAUUCAGCGGCUUCACGCUUUAAAUAUGAUAGAUCUUUGCAUUCAAGCAACAAAAAUGCACCAACAUCUAACACAGAACAAACUAAACCUGUAGCAUCUAAUUCAUCUUCUCCAGCUCCAUCUGUUUCUUCGGAUCUCCCAAAUGGACAUGACUUUAGUGAUAGUAGGACAUUCCCUCGAUAUGCACAUAAAUCGUCACGUUCAUUUAGAUCAUCUACUCAAGCCAACGAGUCAGACGAUCUCAACAGUCAGCGUUCAAACGCUUCACCCGUUACUGUUGGUGGAGCUAACACGAGAACCCGGGCUUCAGUGAGUCGGUAUAAUGUAAAUAUGUCACCCCAGUCUGGGGCAAUCCCUAAUGCAUAUCAAAAUGGUCCUUUUGAUCAGUGGCGACGUCCUAAUAAUAAUGGCAGUUUGCGAAGAUCACAUCAACAGCAUUUCGUACCUCGUAAUACCAGUCAGUUUCACCGUUAUAAUGGACCGGCAGCUCACCCUGGUCGACCUCAUCAGAACAAUUUCUCACGGAAUCGCAUUUCAGGCUCUGGAAUGGGAGAUUCACCUCCCGUACAAGCAAACGACUCACCUAAUCCUGUUCUUAAUGAAGAUAAUCCACAACCUGAUUCAGUCCGAGAAGAUCUAAAAAAACCACAGACAUCUUGGGCAACUGUUGCAGUGGGUGUCCAAUGUGAACAGAAACUCUAUACACCUAAAGAUAAUUCACGAAACCAACUAGUUAGUUUCCUCCUGGAACAGUGGCGCCGUUUCGACCGAAAAUCGACCUAAUGCACAAAUUAACACGAAACGUAUUUUUUAAGUAUCCCCUUUUUCACCUAUGGUAUCAUCUGGUAUUGUUUUGUACUGGGUGGGAUGUUACAUUCUUUCUUCCUCUCUCUCUUUAUAUAUAUAUAUAUAUAUAUAUAUAUCCCACGAAUUUUUAUACGACACGUCUAAUGUCGGAGAAAUAAAUUUUAUGUAAAAAUGAACCUUUCAUAGAUUCAUUUUAAGGUUUUCGUUUAUGGCGCUUGAUUUCUUCCUGCUAUGAACUUAACUUCUUAAACCGAAAUGCAAGUUAUUUUGAAAAAGAACUCAAUAUUCAAGUCACAUUCCUUAUGAUCUAUUAUUUAUUCAUUAUCUGCUACUUACCUAUUGUAUAACUACUAAGGAAAGUGGAGUCGGGACUGUUUCCAGGACGUCGAAUGAAUUCUCCUCUCUAUGUUUUUCAAAUACUUUGUCCCAGUACUCAUAUUGGUUUUCUUUACUGCUUUAUAGAUAUUGCAUGGUUAAGCGUGUUGUUUUCUUCUAAACCAUCACUAUUACCAUCAUCUCCAGAUAUUACUUGUUUGAUAUAUUGAUCUUUAAUUUAUAUUGUUCAAAAGUAAACAUUUCAAAUACACUUCCAAAUAAGGCAACUUUUUCUCAGUUCUGUUCAUUUAAACAGUUUAAACUUUGUAUCAUUUUUUUCCGCAUCAUUUCAUUUCAUUAUGAAUCUAUUUAUACUGUAAUUUCACGCGUAAAAUGCGUGUACCAGUUUAAUUGUAUUCUUUUUGGGAAAAAAAGUUUAUUUUGUUAGUAACAUUAAAAUGUUUUUGGGGUACAGAAUUAUGUUUAUUAUUGCAACCACUAUGGUUUCACUUACAUUUUAUUUUCCAUUUUAAAGCUAUAUUUAUUGAACAUACAUACCUCUUCUAUCCCCCUUUACCUUUAUCGUUUUCUGUAAGCAGAUAUGUUCAUUUUGAAACAUUCAGAUAUUUGGAUAACUGGUUUGUCUUCCAUAUCUUUUAUAAUUAAAUGGUCUAAAUGUUUAAAGGGAUUUAUGCAAGAAUGAAUUUAUUAGAUUUGUUAAAAUGGACUUGUAACAAUUAUUUACCUAGACUAACCUAGUUAUGUUCAGUUAUGUAUGGAACUUCUAAUUUCACAUUCUUACGUGUUAUGUUAACACUCAAAUAAUACAAUUUCAGUAUGAACUGUAUUUCCUGCUUAGAACUGUUUGCUAACGAAGCAAUAUUGAGCACUGAAAGUGAUUCCCUUCGCCGUAAUUAUCAUUGUUACGACAUUGAAACAACAAAAUAGUUUUCAACUUGAUGGAGCAUGAUUAUGUUUUAUUUACGAAAGAUGGUAUACACAUAUUUAGACGUUUCUCAACGUUGUUCUUGUGAUUCUUCAAUGUUUUGACAACGGUCACACACAAAUUCAGUAGUUUUGCUUUCUGUGUGUUGUUUUUACUGAUCGUAGUGUUUGGGUCGACCACUCAUGAAACUGUGGUUAAGACGUUCGACUUUCAGGCUUGAAAUCGUAUGUUCAAACUCCUCAUCGCCUAAGUUGAUUUGGGCGACUGGGUAGUCCCAUUAGCCCUCAUAUCUAGAAUAUGACUCAUACCUAAGUGCGUGGUAAAUGAGUUAAUUAUUAUUGUGUACUGUACUCGUAAAACUUGAAUAUUUCAAACGGAAAUUAUUUGAUAGUGAAAAUAAAAACACAAAAUUUCCACUUAGAACUUUCAAUUGGUUGAAAUACAAGCUAGUAGAUAAAACUUUGAUGCUUUUGUCUACCAAAAGGUAUAAGAACGAGACGUGUUAAUGUUUGUUUUUAUUAGAUGAUGACUUACUGAAUGCCUCCUAAAAUUCAAUAACUUCAUGGUUUAGGAAGGCGUAGUUACUAACUAUCGUUUUAGAGUUUGAUGUGAACUUUAUUCGAUAGCGAUGAAACUAAUUGUUUUGGGUGGUGGGUUUUCAAUUUGAGGGAGAUCAUUCAUAUUACUAAAAUGUUACUCUUUGAUAUGAACUAUCCAACUCAAAAUCCUAAAGAUUUUAUCGACUCGAUGAUCAAAUUGCUUGUAAUGGUAGUGCUAAUACCAGUGUGAACUAUUCUUUUGGGACUUAGUAAACUCUGUCUGGUGAUUAUCAUCCUCUUUACUUUGACAACUAUAUGUACCUGACCAGCACUAACUUCAGACAUGAUAUCCACCCAACAACAUCAUUAGUGAUUAUCGGUUGGGAGCGAUGAAAGAUACUAAAUCUGUAUCUGACCAUUCGACGUUGAGGAAUAUGAGAGCAUGGCAAGUUUUUCAAAUGAAGAAAUAAGCUUGCCAAGUUCUUAUUUCAAUAGUUCUCAUUCGAAUGUUGCUUGCUAAAGUCGGUCUGCUGUAGAUUGUGUGCAAAACAACAGGCUGGAGAUCAGUUGAAGCCAAAGUAGCUUAAGCACAUUGAUUAGCCGUUUACGUCGAUAACCGCGAGUAGUGGUGGUUGUGGAAAUAUCCUUGAAUUUGUGAACAGCUCUUUAACGGACACUAAUAAAUGCGGUGGCUAAUAGAGGAGUUAAUUGAUUGGCAAAACCAGAAGUAGGGGCUGUAAAAGUUCCAACUAACCUACAACUCCCUAAGGUAAAAUUAUGGUCCCAUUAGAUAAGUAAGCCAACCUCUUGUUGAAUUUAAUCUUAUGAUAUUGGAACAAAGCAAAAAUGAAUAAGAUUUGCAGAGUCAUAUGAUGUGUUGUAGGAAUUUUGAUCUCAGAAUCCUAAGUUG